CCAUCCCUUUGCGCCUUUGCUUCACUCCAAAGCCCAAGAACUCCCACCAAAAUAAAGGGAUUUAUUACCAAGAAAAAUUAAAUUAAAUCCAACUGACAGAGAACGAGAAAAUUCUUGCACUUUACGCCUUUGCUUCCUUCCCUCCCACCUGAGAUCCGAUUCGCCGUUCUCUGUUCUCUGUUCUCUGGAACCCUAAGAGACGAGAAGUCCCCGCACCCCGUUGCUCGGCUUCCUUAAGCCCAGAAUUCGGGGGAACCGGCCGAAUGGACGCCAAGCAGAAGCAGCGACCUGUUGUAGAAGAAGACAAGGUGGCGGCGGAGGAGGAUCGGAGCAGCGAUAGCGGUGGUGAGUACACGUCGGAGGACGAGGGAACGGAGGAUUACAGGCGGGGAGGGUACCACGCGGUCCGGAUCGGCGAUGCUUUCAAGAACGGGCGGUACGUGGUACAGAGCAAACUCGGUUGGGGCCAUUUCUCCACUGUUUGGCUCGGUUGGGACACUCAGAAAUCGCGAUAUGUAGCCCUCAAAGUUCAAAAGAGUGCUCAGCACUACACUGAAUCUGCCAUGGAUGAGAUAACCAUCUUACAACAGGUAGCAGAAGGAGACCCAGAGGAUCAGAAAUGUGUGGUGAAGCUCUUGGAUCAUUUCAAACAUUCAGGUCCGAAUGGACAACAUGUCUGUAUGGUAUUCGAGUAUCUAGGGGAUAACCUUUUGACUCUUAUAAAGUACAGUGAUUAUCGUGGAUUGCCCAUUCAUAGGGUCAAGGAGAUAUGCAUCAACAUUCUGCAGGGUUUGGAUUACUUGCAUAGACAACUUUCCAUCAUACACACUGAUCUAAAGCCGGAGAACAUAUUGUUGCUAUCGGUGAUUGACCCCUCGAAGGAUCCGAUAAAGUCCAAGACUCCUCUCAUUCUUCCGAAUAGUAGGGACAAAAGUUCGAUAGAGUCUGCCGUUUCGAGAUUAAAUGGUGACUUGAUUAGGAAUCAAAAGAAAAAGAUCCGAAGGAAGGCUAAACGAGCAGCUCAUGAAUGUGUGGAGAAGGAAGCUUCUUCUACUGAAGCUAACAUGGGCCGUGAAACAUCUGCAGCAAAGCGGGCCAUUUUAGAAAGGGAGGGUAUUAAAAUGGGAAGCCGCAGCACAAGGCAGAACCUGCUUGCAUCAGCUGAUCUCAGGUGCAAAUUGGUGGACUUUGGGAAUGCGUGUUGGACGCACAAACAGUUCACAACUGAUAUUCAGACAAGACAGUAUCGCUGUCCUGAAGUCGUCCUUGGAUCAAAAUACUCUACUUCGGCCGAUCUUUGGUCUUUUGCUUGCAUAUGUUUCGAGCUUGCAACUGGUGAUGUGCUCUUUGAUCCACUCAAUGGUGACAGCGAUGUGUUUCAGGACCAUUUGGCCCUAAUGAUGGAGCUCCUUGGAAUGAUGCCGCGCAAGAUUGCCCUGGGUGGCCGAUAUUCCCGUGAUUUCUUCAACAAAUUCGGUGAUCUGAGGCACAUACGUAGGUUGCGGUUCUGGCCACUGAACAAGGUUCUUGUUGAGAAGUACAAGUUCAGCGAGAGAGAUGCAAGUGAACUGACGGAAUUCCUGGUUCCCAUACUCGAUUUUGUUCCCGAGAAGCGUCCUACUGCUGCUCAGUGUCUUCUUCAUCCAUGGAUCAACCGGAUCCCCUGUAGUUUAGAGCCAAACCAAGCUCAGGAAACCCAGAAUUCUCAAAAGAAGAGGGAUAAGGAUGAGAAAGAGGCCAUGGAGAUUGGUAUGAGGAAUAUUGCAAUCAAUGCAGAUACGAAUACUGCUAAUUCUUCCAAAGGUCUGAAGGCCAUAACUCCCUUGUCUAAGUAGGGUUAUGGACUGUAUUAUCACUUACAGGCUGCAGCCUGCAGCCAUACAACAGAGCGCGGAUUCUUUUGCAGCUCUGGGUGGUAUUCUAUGAUUUUUUGGACAGAGUUAGGGGCCAAGAUAAAGUGAUUAAGGGGAGGGCUUUAGUCAAUUAGCUAAGCCUGUCCCAGCCCUCCGUUGAAAAUUAAUCUGAUGGUUUGAACUAAUCCCAUUUAACGAGUGUUAAAUAGGUGAUCACAUAACUGGUUUUUCUUACCUUACUUUUUCCAAUCAAAUCAACUAAUUUUGUGCAAUUAAAGGAGGAGAGAUCGCUACUUUUUCGUCCAGGGUGCUUUCCCCUUUUUUUGCCCUUUCUUUUAACUUUUUUCGGAUGUAUGGUUUGUAUUUUGUAAUGUUCAUUUGCUUUGUAUAAUUUUUUAAUGUUUGUCUGUGUGGUUUGUAAUAUUUUUUUUUGUCUGGUUUGUAAUGGUUGUAUGUAUGGUUUGUAAUGUUCUUAAGACUGGUUUGUAAACAUUAUAAUUUGUAUUGAAAAGAAAACAACAAUGAUAACCAUGAU